AUGAUAAAGGCAUUAUACAAAAGUAUUGUAAAUUUUCUCUUGUCAUCCUUUUUUGAAAAUAUUGAAGAAAAACAAUUACAAACAUCAUUAAUACGAGGAAAAGUUCAUUUACAAAAUGUAAAAAUAAAAAAAAAUUUUUGUGAUUUUAUAUAUUUACCUUAUACUAUUAAAUAUGGUUAUAUUCGUUCCUUGGACUUACAAAUACCACUUUUGUAUUUGUUUCAAAAAGCUUCGUUAAAAGUUAGCGAUGUUGUUAUAGUUUUGAAGGAAAAACAUUUCAGUGAAUAUAACAUAGAAGAAGAAAUAAAUGGAAUAAAAGGAGGUAAGAAAAAUAAUUUAAAACUUGAAGAUUAUAAUAAUAAUAGUAAUGAUAUGAAUCAGAAAAUAAAUAAAGGUUUAAAUUAUUUAUUUUAUGAAUUAUAUAAUAAUAUGUCAAUUGAUAUUGAAAAUGUUGAGAUUAUAUUAGAAAGUUCUGAAAAGACUACUAAUGUAAUUGGCUUGUUUGUAAAAAAAAUAAGUAGUGUUAAAACACAUAAUUGCACAAAUAAAAUAAUAAAAGAUUUUUCUUUUGUUGAUGUAAUUUUUUAUAUGAAUGAUGAAAAAGCUAAAUAUGCAAUUAAUAAAAUUAUAAAAAAAGAAGAAAAAAAAAAAAAAAAUAAAAGAAAUAUUAAUGAAGAAGAUAUAUAUAAUAAAAUUAAAUAUAUUUGUAAUAAUCUACAUAAAAAAAAAUAUAUAAUUUCAGAAAUACCAUCCAUUGUUUUAAGUACAAGUAUGUAUGUUAGUAAUAGUACUGAUUAUUAUUAUCAUAAUUCUAAAUUCCUUUUUAAAAAAAAUAGCUAUUUUAAUAUUACAUGUACACAUUGUGAUAAAUAUCUUUUUCAAUGUAAAGAAGUGAAAAAAGAUAAAUCCAUAUUUCAAAAUAUAUUUAUAAAGAAAGAAAAAAUUCAACAAAGAAAUAAAGCCCUCUAUUGUGAAAUGAAUUGUAAAUGCAAAAAAAAUAAAAACAUUUUCAAACCUCACCAAUAUAAUGAUUUUACAUAUAAUUCGGAUAAUGUACCUGAGUACUCUCUUAAUGUAACUAAUGAUAUGAAUAAUAACCUGCCCCCUGACCGUGACACUACAAAUGUGGGGCACCACAAAAUUGAUGAUAAUAAAAAUGAUGAUAAUAAAAAUGAUGAUGAUAAUAAAAAUGAUAAUCAUAAUGAUAAUCAUAAUAAUGAUAAUCAUAAUAAUAAUCAUAAUAAUAAUAAUAAUCAUAAUGAUAAUCAUAAUAAUAAUCAUAAUAAUAAUCAUAAUAAUAACCAUAGUGAUAAAAAUAAUUUAAAUAAUACGUUUAAUAAACAUAACGAAGAAAAAGCUCUACAAGAGAAAGAUGAAAAAAAAAGUGAAGAUUGCAAUGAAUGUAAUUAUAAAAAAAAUAUUAGUGAAGAUCUUGAUAAUUGUUUAUAUUGUAGGAUUAAUAAUAAAAAUCAAUCUUAUAUUGAAAAAUUUCAUAUGUUAGAAGAAAAUAUAAAUUUAAAAGAAAAUGAAUAUAUGACCUUUGAAUUGAAAAUAGAUAAAAUAGAUUUAAUAUUAUCAUUCAAACAAUUUUAUUAUAUAUUAGAUAUUGUAAAUUAUUAUUUUAUAUAUAGUUGUCUUGUUAAUGGUUUAUAUAUAGAAGAAUGGUUAAAUAUCCCAGAAAUUAAUGAUAUAUUAAUUUAUAAAAGAGAAUUAAUAAAAAAAAAGAAAAAAGAAAAAUUUGAUAAAGAUUUUAUAGAUAAAUUUGAAUAUACACAUAGCUUUCAAAUUAUUUCAAAUAUAAAAAAACAUGUAGAAGAAUAUUCUUUAGAUAAUAAUAAAAAGAAAAAAAGUAUUAGAGCAACAGGAGAAGAUUUAUCAGCACUUACAAAUAAUAACAAGGAAAAUAACAAGGAACAUAACAAGGAAAAUAACAAGGAACAUAAUAAUGAACAUAAUAAUGAACAUAAUAAUGAACAUAAUAAUGAACAUAACAAUGAACAUAAUAAUGAACAUAACAAUGAACAUAAAAAUGAACAUAAAAUUGAACAUAACAAAGUUAUAAAAUCACAUUCCAUUUCCUCCCAUUUGUCUAAUUUAUCAUGGAAUAAUAGCUUUUUUUUAUAUAAUAAAAAAAUUUCUGUAAAUUGCUCAUUUAAUAUUUUAAUUAAAAAAUUAAAUUUUUGUUUAUAUAGUGGAGAUAAAAUAAAUAAAAUGAUACAAAUAAAUAUGGAUGAUUUUAAUUUUAAUGUGAAAUCAUAUAUUAAUUCCGAUUUUGCAUAUUCUAUACUGUUAAAAGAUAUUAGUGUUUUCUUUAUGCAUAAAGAUAAAAAAUAUCCUUUGUUUGAAUUAUUUAAUGUUAAUGAAAAUAAUAAAAAAGAAGAUAAGAAAAAAGAAAAUAUAAAAGGAAAUAAAAGAAAAAGUAAAAAUUAUAUAUUGAAUACUCACUUAUGUAAUGCUAUGACAACAUCUUUGAAAAGCGUUUCAUCUAUAAAAAAUGUUCCAGGUCAAAUACAUAAUAGUAUUGAUAAUAUGAAAAAUGAAAAAAAAAGUAAUAUACAUGUUGAAACUACAAAUGAGUUGGAAAGAAAUAAUAAAUCUAAUGAAUAUUCAAAAGAAAAGAAAAAUUUAAGAAAUAUAAAGAAUGACAAUAAUAAUAACAAUGAAAAUAAUAAUAACAAUGACAAUAAUAAUAAUAAUAAUAAUAUUAAAGAAGAAUAUGCAUUUUCUUUAUUAACAUUCACUAAAUACGAAACGACACAAGCUAAAACAUAUAUAAAAUUUAAUAAAAAUAUUCUUAUAACAUUAAGUGUUAAAGAAAUUUAUAAUAUUUUAAAUAUUAAUUGUGAUUAUAAACCAGUUGAUUUAGAAAAAAAAUUAAAAAGUUAUAAAAGUUUAUUUUAUUAUUAUCUUCUAGGAAAAAAAUAUUGUAAAGAAUUAUAUAUGGCAUCAGACAAAACUUUUGAAGAUAUUAAUAUACAUUUUAUGCAUAAUAUUUAUUUUAAUAUAAUAAUUAAUAAAAAAUAUAAUUUAUUAUUUAAAAUGAAAAAGGGACUUGUAAAUUCUUUCUUCUUUACAAAGAUGUAUUUACAUUAUGAUUUAAAAAAAUUGACUAUGAUAACAGACCAUAAUGAUAUAGAAAAAUAUAAUGAAAACAAACUAGUCGAUCAAUAUACUGAGCAUAUGAAAGAAAGUUCUUCAUAUGAAAAUACUCCAAGUUGUAGUAAUACUAGUAGUGUGGGUGUUAAAAUUGAAGACAAAAGAAAAAAAAGAAUUAAAGAAAAAAAAGAUAUAAAUGGAAACACCAAUGAUGAUUUAAUGAUUAAUAAAAAUGAAGAAAAUGAAAAUGAAGAAGUUAAUAGGACAGAUCAUAUUAAAGGUGAUAAUUCUAUCCAUUCAAAUGAUAAUUGUAGUAUUGCUACACAUAGUGAUCUUUUUAAAAAUUCAGAAUAUAAUUCUAUGAUUAAUACUAACAAUAAUAAUAAUAAUAAUAUUAAUAUUAAUAAUAAUUCAUUUAUAAAUAAUGAUAAUACAAGUAUUGAUAAUAAAGUAUCUAUGCAAUGUAGAAAGUAUUAUCAGGAGUUUUUAAAAAUGAAUAAUUUACAAGAUAUUAAAACAAUUAAAAAAAUCGAAAAAAGGGCAACUCAAAAUAACACAAAUAAUAAUCAUAUAAAUAUGAAUAAUAUGAAUAAUAUAAAUAAUACUAAUAAUAUUAUUAAUAAUAAUAAUAAUUAUUAUUAUGAUAAUAUUUAUAGUCAUAACAAUAACCAUGUAAAUAUCCACAAUAACAAUCAUCAUAAUAAUAAGAAAACAAAUAUUAUUCAAAAUAAUAGCAGAUAUGAAGAAACUAAUGACAAACAAAGUUUUAAUAGCGAACAUGCAGAUUCUUAUAGUAAUUCAAAUAAAGAAGAAUAUCUAAAUGAAGAAUUAAAUUUAUAUAAAGAUCAUAUGUAUAUACAAAAUUGUAUGACUGAAAAAGAAGAUAAUAUAAUUACAACAAUAUAUCAGAAAAGAACUAAUUUUGAACUUUCUCUUUUUAUUUUAAAAAAUAAAAAUAAUGAAAAAAUACAAAAUAUAUUAAAUCAUAAAAAUAAAGUAAAUAAGAAAUAUAUAUUAAAACCAUUAAAAAUAUAUAUUGAUGAAAUUACAUAUAAUUUUAAAAAUUCGAGUGAUAAGAAAAUAACAUUUUUUCAUACGAAUUAUAAAAACUAUCUAAAUUUUACACUUGAUGAUAAAAUUAUAUUCAAACUUAUAUUUUUUUAUUAUCAUUAUAAAGAUUAUGUUGAUCAUAUUUUUGAAAAAUUUCAAACAAAAGAUGAAUCUAAUUAUUUAAAUUUAAAUACAAUAGAUGUACGUAGUUAUAAGACUUUACAAAUUUUAUUAGAUAAUGCUGUUCAUAAUAAGAAUGAUGAAUGGAUUAAUGAAGAGAAGCAUGCUCAUGAUAAAAAUCAGCAUAAUAAAGGAACAACAUAUUAUGGGCAAAAUAAAAAUGAUAUAAAAGUUCAUGAUGAUAAUAAUGAGGAGGACAGUAAUGAUCACACAGACAAAAAUAACAUCAUGAAAAAUAAUAAUAAUAAUAAUAAUAAUAACAACAAUAAUAAUAACAACAACAACAACAACAAUAAUAAUAAUAAUAAUAAUAAUGUGAAUGAGCAAAUCCAACUUAAUGAAAAUGUUAAAGAAAAAGAGACAGUAAACCAUGUACCCAAUUUAAAUAACAUAACAAAUGAAGAUUCAAAUGAUAAUCAUAAUAAAACUAUUGAACAUAAUAAUAAUUAUUCUGAAGAACACAAAAAAAAUGAUUCAAUAAAAACAUCAUUUGAUGUUACUCAUCGUGAAGAAGAAAAUGUAAAUAAAAAUAAAUACACAGAGGAAGACAAAAAUGAAAUAAAAGGAAAGAAUAAAAAAAAUUUUGAAAUGUGUAGAAAAGAUACAUUAGAAUAUGUAAAAGAAGAUAUAAAUAAAUAUAAGAUGUAUAUGAAUGAAAAUAAUAAAAAAGAAGAAGAAUAUUCACAUAAUAGUCAUCAUCAUCAUUAUAAUCAUCAUAAUAAUAAUAAUAAUACGUUGAAAGAUCAUCAUUCAAAUUAUAACAAUGUAAAAUAUUUCCAUGAAGAAAAACAAGAAAUAAUUUCUUUUAUCAAUAAAACGAAAAUACAUUUUAAUAAUUAUAAAAAAAGUAAAAGAAUGAUAUCAAUUCAUUUAUCAGAUGUACUAAUUUAUUUAUUUAAUGAUAAUAAUAUUACAAACUUUCUAUUCAAUUUAAAAAAAAUUAAUAUAUUAAAUUGUUUAUCACAUGAAGAUAGUUAUAAUAGUUUCUUUUCAUAUAUAGAACAUAAAACUUUUUCUACACAUAGAAUAAAUAGAAAAAGUUCCAAAUUAAAUGAUAAAAGAAAAAGUUCAAAUAUAAACGGAAUAUAUUUUUAUAAUAGUGUUUUUAAAUUAAUUCAAAAUGGUACCUUUCUUUUAAAUUAUUCAUCAAAAAAUAAUAUUUCAUAUCUAUCUAAUAUAAAUGUAAACCAAAAUAAUAAUCAUUAUAUAGAAAAUAAUAAUUCAAAAGAAAAGAAUUAUUUUCUAAAUAAUAAUAAAAUGGAAAUUGAAGAAACAACCGAAUUUAGAUAUUUUAAUACAAAUAAUUUUGAACAAUUAAAUAAUACAUCAGGAAAUAAAUCUAAUAAUGGCUCCAAUAUGAAAAUUAAUAAUAAUCUUGAUUUUGUUCAUAAAAAUUAUUAUAAUAAUUUGAAUAAUGACUAUUUUAAUUUUAAUUUUAAUUUACCUCAGGAUUCAAACAAAAGAAAGGAUCUCACAAAUAGUCCAAGUAAUGUCAGUAAUAAUAGUGGCAAAAUCAAAGGUAGCUAUAAAAGUGAAAAAAGUAAAGGAACCAAUAUGAAUGAAAAUAUUAGAGGUAGUCAUAGAAGUCAUAGUUCUGAUCAAAGUUAUAGACGUCGUGUUAGUCAUAGUAAUAUACGAUGUAGUAGCAGCCCAAGUGAAAGGAAACACAUCUCUAAAAGAGAUGAAAACAAUAUGAAUAAAGAAAAAAUUAUGACAUUCUUAAAUAAUUCUACAAAUAAUGAGAAAGAAAAUGAUCAUGUUAAGGAAACGAAAAAACAAAUUCAAAGAACCAAAAGUAAAGAACACGUUGAAGAUAUAAUAAAUAGUCAUACAAAAAGAAAAAAAGAAACAGAUAAUAUAGAACAUAUUUUAGAUGAAGAAAAUAAUCAAACCAAUAAAGAAAAUGAUAAUAUUGUAGAGAAAGUACAAAAAAAAAGUAUUUUUGCUGGAAAUUAUAUACGUUAUAAAAGUUGUAUAGAACAAAUUGAUGAUAUUGAUUAUAAUAAAGAACCUUUACAAAAUGAAAAAAACAUAGACACAAAAAUAAAUAAUAUAUAUAAUAAUAAUAAUAAUAAUAAUAAUAAUGAUGAUAAUAUAAAUAUGAAUAAUACUACUUGUAUUCCUAUGAAUGAAAAAAACUCCGUUUUUCAAAGAAAUAAAAAAGUUUCUCAUUAUUACAAUGCAAAGGAAUGUAUUGAUUCAAAUAAAAAGAGAAGAAACAAUCAUAUAUUAAGUGGAGAUAUAAAUAAUAUAAAAGGUUAUAAUAAAUAUAAUAUGAAUUCAUCACAUGUUUAUAAUAUGAAUAAUUCAUUAUGCUCAUCAGCUUAUUAUAAUACAAAAUAUGGAAAAUGUGUAGACAUAGAAAAAUAUAGAGAUGAUGACGAAUUUUAUGAAGCUGAAGAUGAUGAAGAUCAAGAAAAUGAAAAAGAUUAUGAAGAACAAGAAUAUAUUGAUUUAAAAAGAAAAGAAAAUGAAAAUAUUAGUAGUAUUGAAUUUCAUAUGAUUAAUAGUGAAUUUAUUGUAGAUUAUUUAUAUUUUAUACAUUUAUUUAAAUGGAUUAAUAAAUUAUAUAGAAAAUAUGAAAAAAUUAAACAAUUAUCAGAUUUUGCAUAUUCAAAUAAUAAUAGUACAGAUGAUGAAGAAAGUAAUAUAAAUAUAUCAAAAUGUAAUUAUAUUCUUUUCUUACAAAAUAAUAAAAUAUAUGUACCUAUAUAUAAUUAUUCAAUAUCACAAUAUAAGUAUUAUAAUAGUUUAAAGGGAACUUCUUAUGUAUCUUUAUUGCCGGUAUUAGAGUUACAUUUCUCAUGUUCUUAUAAAUCUCGAAAUGAAAACGAUGAAAAUGUAAAGUCGAUCAACGUGCGAAAUGUCGGAAGCACUCUUGUCAUUCCAAGUAUAAACAUUUACAAACAUAAAAAAAACAAGAAAAGCAAUAUAUGUGUGAUAACGUUUAAUAGAAAGGAUAAGAAUAAUGAAAGCAUCAUUAACGAUUUCAGAUUUCAAAUAAAUAUGAGAAGAAAUUAUAAUUACGAAAUUAUAGAAAAUGAAGAUGAUAAUAGUAGUAGUUCUAAUAAUAUGGAGAUGUCAAAUUAUGGACCUAAAUAUACAUCAUUGAAUACAUAUUUUACGAUUGUAUCUAAAGAAAAGAUGUAUUCUGAAAAUAACAUGAAUAAUAAUAAUAAUAAUAAUAAUAUAAUUAUGUAUGAUAAUAAUAUGUAUAAUUAUCAUGGGUGGCAUAAUAAAAAUGGAUCAUAUCCAAAGAAGAUUAUUAGUUUUCAUUGUGAUCCUAUAAUUAUAAAUUUUUCAAAAGAUAUAUUAAAAAAUUUACUUAUAUUUUAUAAUACAUUUUGUUAUUUUAUAAAUAAUUGUAAUAAAAAAGAUGAUAUAGUUAAUGAUAAUAAUAUAAUUAGAGAUAUGUUAUAUUAUUUAUACAAUCAAACAAGUGAUAUAUUAUUUGAAUAUUUUCUUGAUGAUAUACGUUUAAAUUGUUAUGAUGGUAAUAUUAAUAGAAAUAUGCCUUUGAUAGUAAUUAGUUUGUUUAAUUUAAAAUUCUUUUUACAGAAAGAUAUAAUAAGUAUAUAUAAUUUUUUAAAUUUUUAUUUAAAUAUAGAUAUAUAUGAUAGUUAUAAAAUAUUAUAUGAUACUUUAUUAGAAAAGAUGGAAAUAUAUUUAACAUUUGAAAAUAAUAAAAAUAAAUUGAAUAUAUUAAAUUUAACAUUAGAAACAUCUUAUAUUAAUAUUUUAUAUACAAAUAAAAAUAAAAAUAUAUUAAUAAAUUUUCUUGAACCAAUUUUAAAUAAAAAUUUUUAUUAUUUCAGUCCGUCCUAUUAUAAUAACUUAGAUAAUAUAACAAAAAGUAAAAGAAGAAAACGAAGCUUUCAUCAUAAUUAUCAUCAUAAUUAUCAUCAUGAAUGUUAUGAAAAUAAUAUAUUAAUAAAAAACACAAAAGGUAAUAAAUUUUCAACUGCACAUAUAACAUCUAAACUUUUUAAUUAUACAGGUUUACCAAUAAAUGUUAGAUUUAAACAAUCAUUAAGAAAUAAAAUACAAAAUAAUAGUUUAAAAAAUAAAAAUAAAUAUAUCUUCUAUGAAUUACAAAAUAAUGAACAUGGAGCUUUAUUAAAUGAUGAAAAUGGAGAAGUAUGUGAAGUAGUAGUUAUUAUAAAAAUAUUUAAUUAUAUAUUUGAAAUAAUAGAUAUAGAAAGAAAUAAAAAUACAUGUGAUAUUAGAUUUUUACCUAUAAUAUAUGAAUUAAAAAAAAAUAAUGAAAAAAAAAAAAUUACUAUUAAAAAACAUGAUAUUAAUUAUGAUAUAUAUAAUGAAUAUUCAUUAAAAAAUAAAAUAUUUAAAACAUUUAUUAAAUUAUAUAUACAAACUAAUAUUGAUGAAAAAGGAAUAGUCUCAAUAUAUUUCUCGUCAAAUUUAUUUAUUAAUAAUUCAACAAAUAGUGACUUUGUAUUAUUAUUUCAUCCAGUGCUUUAUUAUUUUAUGUUAUUUAAUGAGCAAUAUAGCACCUCCACCACAACCACAACCACAACCAACAAUAACAACAACAAUAAUAAUAACAACAAUAAUAACAAUAUUGAGGAUAAAGAAAAAGAAAAAGAUGGUAAUAGCUGCCAUAAUAUGAAUAAUCUAGAAAGCGAUUCACAAUUAAAUAUAAAUGUUUUAAAAAAUGAUAAUUAUAAUUAUCAUAAUAAUUUUAAUAAUAGUACAAGCGCAAAUAUAACAAUUAUUAAUUCCAAUGAAAGAUAUUUUUUACCUCUUAUUUCUUUUAUUCCUAUUAUUAUUUUAUAUGAUUAUUUAAAGAAAAAAAAUCAAAUCGAAGAAAAUAAUUACACUGAAAAUUGUCAAAUGAAUUCAAAGAAUUCUCAUUUAACACCUGUUUCAAUGGUUUAUGAUUUAAAAGGAAGUUUCAGUACUGAUAUCAAAAAAAAUAAUUUCAUAAAACGAUUUAAUUCGUUGAAUUAUAAUAUUAAUGUUCACAGUAAAGAAGAUGAAGAAAUGUCUAAACAGAAUGAAGGUAACAACAUGGAGAAUAACAUCAAUAAUAAUAAUAAUAAUAAUAAUGAUAACGAAAUAAAUUGUAAAAAUAAUUAUGAAGGUAAAUUAUUAAGUUAUAAUAAAAGAAUGACUUAUGAUUAUUCUUCACUUAAUGCUUUAAAAAAUCUCACAUACAAUAACUUAAAUGGUAAUAGUUGUUAUGUAAAUUCUAGAAGUAGUGAAAUGAACAUUUGUAAUAUAAUAUCAAAUAAAGGAGAAAAAAGAAAUUUUAUAAAAAAUGAAAAAAUAAUCGAAUCUAUUAAUUUAAAUACAUUAAGAGAAAUUAAUAAAAUAAGAACUAAUAGAAUAUUAAAAAGAUUAGAAAAAUAUAUUAAUGAGAAAAGUAAUAGUAAGAAUAUGAAAAAUAUUAAUUAUAUUUAUAUUAUUAAAAAAGAAUUUUAUGAUUUCUAUAUUCAUAAAAAUGAAAAUAAUAAUAAAUGUUAUUUUGAAAUUUUUAAUUUUUUAAUAAAAAAUGGAGCUAAAAAGGUUUUAAAUAAUUCAAGUAUAAAAGAAAUUAUAUGUAGGCAUUCAUUUGACUUUUUAAAAUAUAAUUUAUAUGCACAAACAUUAAAAUUAAAAACUUUAAAAAUUAUAUGUUAUGAUAAAUAUAGUAGAUAUAUAAAGGAGAAGAGAAAGCAAAUAGAAGAAGCUAAAUUGGAUUAUAAUAAUAUGAACAGAAAGGAGUUGGAUGAUAUAUAUAAGAAAAAUUAUAAAGAAGUAAAAAAUGAUAUAAAAGAAGAACAAGAAAAGCAUGAUAAUAGUAGUAGUAUUGUAGUAUUAAAUAAAUAUCAUGAUUAUUAUGAUAAAGGACAUAAUUAUCAAGUUGAAAAUCAUAACAGAAAUGAGAAUUACACAAGUGACAAUAAUGAUAAUAAUAAUAAUAAUAAUAAUAAAUAUAAUAAUAAAUAUAAUAAUAAAUAUAAUAUUUAUGGUCCUAACCAAUGUAACAGUAAAAAGGAUGGUUAUUAUUAUAGCAUACCUACUAAUGUUGAUAUUUCACUUAAACAUAUGAAUCGAAAUGAAAGACACAUGAACAGCCUUUUAUAUAAUCACAGUAAAAAAAAAUCUACACUAAGCAACAUAUUAAUAAGACAUGAUAUGAUUAAAAAUAGUGUAUCUAAACAUAUACUUAAUAAUGAUUAUAAAUGUGAAUAUGAUCAAAAGGAAGGAGUAGAAGAUAAGUAUGAAAAGAAUACAUAUGUGGUUGAUAUGAGAGGUAAAAAACAAAAUGGUAUUUAUAAUAAUGAUAUUUAUAAAAAUGAUAUUCAUAAUAAUGAUAUUUAUAAUAAUAAUAUUUAUAAUAAUAAUAUUUAUAAUAAUAAUAUUUAUAAUAAUCAUAAUAUUUAUAAUAAUAAUAUUUAUAAUAAUAAUAAUAUUUAUAAUAAUAAUAUUUAUAAUAAUAAUAAUACUUAUAAUAAUGAUGAUGAUACUAUUAUUAGAAAGAAAAGAAGGAAAUUUAUUUUUACAGCAAAGAAACAAAGUAGUUAUAGUAAUACUAUUAUAUGUGAACAAAAAAAUAUAGAUGUAAAUAAAAUAUAUUCAUUUGGAAUAUAUAUUGAUUAUAUUUUUGAAAUACAUAAUUUUAUGCAUGAAGAAAUGAAAAUUGGUUAUUGUCAAAAAUAUUAUAUAAACAGUAUUCCAAAAAAAAUAAAAAGAAUUAAACGAGAAGAAAUAUCAGCUAAAUCAAUAAAAUAUUUAGAUACCAUACCAAAAUAUAUAAAAUUAUUUUAUAUAUUAAAUAAUAAUAAUUAUGUAUUUAAUUUUUUUUCUAAAAAGAUUCAGUUAUAUAAAUAUGCAAAUAGUCCUGAUAAAAUACAUCAAAUAAAAAUGUAUAUAGAAUAUAUUAAUGAUGAAAAUAAAAAUAUUAUAUAUAAGAAAAGAAAAUAUAAAUUAAAUUCUUUAUUUAAAAGGAAAUCAAAAAAUAAAAAGAAAUAUAAAUAUUUAGAAUCAAAAGAUUAUGAUAAAUUAUGUAAAGAAGUACCCAAAUUUUUUUAUCUUAAUAUAACAUUUAGAAAAAAAACUGAUCAUUCAAAUAAUACUUAUUAUAAUGAAAAUAAUUUUAAACAUGUAAUAGACAGUAAUGUUUUACAACUAUUAAUAUAUCCUUCCUUUUUUUUUCAAAAUAAUCUAGAUAAAGAUUUAAUAAUUAAAUCAAAUGGAAAUUCACAAAAAAUAAAAAAAAAAUCAAUCAUGUUUUUUGGUGAUGUUGAUAAUAGUAAAGUUAUAUUACAAAUUGUCUAUAAUAAUCAAAUAUUUUUAUCAAAAAAAAUUAAAAUAAAUCAAGUAUGUAUAAAUAAAAAAAUCAUUUUAACUAGUAAAAAUAAAAAAGAAAAUAUUUUCUUAUCUAUGAAUAUUACUUUAAAUGGUAAUAUUUUUAAUACUAAAACUAUAACAAUCAAUAAUAGAUAUACAAUUAUUAAUAAUACAAAUCGAACUUUAUAUGUUCAAGAAGUUAAUAAAGAUUUCAAAAUUAUUAAAAAAAAAGAAAAAAAAAAUAUGACAUAUAAUUAUUCAUUUUCAUUGGAAAACUUUAAUAACAAAAAUACACAUUCAAAUGAUCAUAAAAUGAAAAAAUUACAUAUUGAAAGUAGUAAUGAUGUGUCUCAUAUAAAAAAAUAUAAUACCAAUCAAAAACAACAAGAUAAAAAAAAUCAAAAAAAUCAACAAAUUCAACAAGAUAAAAAAAUUGGAUCUUUUGAACCUGUCGAACCAGUUGAAGAACCAGUUGGAUCAAAUAACCAUUUAAACAAAAUUACACUUAUGAAACAAAUAAAUUGUAAAAAUCAAGACAAGGAUCAUAUGACAAGAAAAAUGCAUGAAACUAAUAAAAAUCAUAUAAAAUAUAAGAAACAUAAAAAAAUAUAUAACGAAAGGAUAUAUAAUUACAAGAAAUAUAACAACAAUACUACGAACAGACCUAAUAUUAUUGCAAUUAAACCAUAUGAAUCAUUUUAUUAUCAUCCUAUUAAUACAAAUAAAUGUUAUCUAACUUUUUCUUAUACAAAUAUUAUUGAAUGUAAAAAUGAUAAAAAUUUUUAUAGAAGAAGAGGUAGCUAUGAAUUUACGCAUGCACAAAAUGAAAUAACAAAUUUAUUUAAUCAUUAUUUAAAAAAAAAAAUUAUGAAAUCUCAAAAUUUAUCUAUAAUAAAUGAUGAACAAGAAAAUAUAAAUAAUAAAUGUAUACAUAAAAAUGAAGAAUUUUUUAAUUUAUUUUAUACUAGUCCUAUAGAAAUCGAAAAAGUUGGAAAUUAUAAAAUAUUUCAUAAGACAGUGCAUAAAAUUGAUGUUACUUACAAUGAAAAAGACACAACUGAAGAACAAGCUACAUUUGAACAUGAUAUUAUUGAAAAGGAAAUAAAAGAACAAGAAAAAGAAAUUGAAGAAGAAAUAAAAAGAGAAAUAGAAGAACUGGAAGAACAUCGUGAAAAGGAAACUAUUAUUGUAUUUUCAAAUUUGAAAGAUUCAUAUGAAAAAGAAAUGCAAAAAAAAAAAAAAUAUCAACAUAAGAAAAAUAACCUUACUAAUAUGAAUGGUGAUAAUAUAAUAAAUGAUGGUGAUAAUAUAAUAAAUGAUGGUGAUAAUAUAAUAAAUGAUGGUGAUAAUAAUAAUAAUAAUAGUAAUAAUAUUGUUGAUCUUUAUAAAGAUGAACACUCCGUCGAAACGACACAUAUACAACAAGAGUAUAUAGAUAAUGGCCCUCUUGAAAAUGACAAAAAAAGUUCACAUAAUGAAACAAUACUUAUAGAUGACAUAACAUUAUUUAAUAAAAAUAAUAAAGACAAUAUUGAUGAAAAAGAAAAUAAAGAAAGUAUAUUAUUUAAUGAUACAGUUUUGACAGUUGAUAAUAAUAAUGAUGAUUGUGUAAAUAUAAAAAAAAAUUAUUAUAUAAAUGAGAAUGAUAAUCAUAAUAAUUAUCAACAUAAUGAUAUGAAUCUAAGACAUGAUUCUUUUUGUGAAAAUUAUAUAAUAGAUUUUAAAGAUGAUGAUUCUUGUCUUCAUUUUAAAAAAAAUAAAAAUGUUAUGAAUACAGCAAAUGAUAUAAAUAAUAAUACAGUGAUUAUUCCAAUAAAAAAUAUAAAACAGCUAGAAGGUGAAGACCAAAAAAAAGUACAUAGUAAUAUAAAAAGAAAAAAUAACAGCAUCACAAACAACAUCAACAACAUCAACAACAUCAACAACAACAACAACAACAGCAACAACAAUAAUGACAAUAAUGAUGAUAUUGUUACAUAUGAAUUAAAACAAACGAAUGAUAACAAAGAAUGUGUAAACACAAAAAAACAUUUGUUUGCUUAUAAAGAAGAAAGUGUUAUAACCGAAAUUAAUAUAGCAUUAAAUAGUAAUACAAAUAUCGAAAUAAAUAUAUCUAUAGAAAAUAACCCAGAUACUAUUAUAUAUAAUAAAACAAACUAUUAUUUAAUAUUUUAUCAAAGAAAAACAAAUAAAAAAAUAGUAAAUUUAUUGAAACCAUUUGAUAAAGAAAUAUUUGGAUGGACUGAUGUUUGUAAACCUAAAGUUAUAAAAUGUUUUUUAAUUAUUCAAAAAAAUGAUGUGUAUGUAUUUUCUUGUAAUUUAAACAUAGUAAAAGAACAUAAUAAUAUUAUAUUAAAUAAUAAUAAAAGGAUUAUAGUAUUAACAAAAAUUGAAAAUGGUAAAAGAGUUUUUUGUUUAGAAGAAAUGAAUAAUGAACUAUUAGAUUCUAAUGAUAAAUAUGAACAGAAAAAAUCGCUAGCUCCUUUUUUUUCGGCAAGUAAAGGUUUUAAUAGAUUUAGAGAAAAAAAAAAAAAAAAAAUUAAAAAGAAAUUACAUAAAAUAAGUUUAUAUAAUAGUUUAAUAAAAUCAUCACAAAUCAAAAAAGAUAAAAAUAAAAGCAAAAGUAAAAAUAAAAUUAAUGAUAUAUUACUAAAAAAGAAACAAUCAAAUAAUAAUAGCUAUUUAGUAAAAUAUAAAAAUGAAAAAUUUAAUAAAAAACUACCAUUACUUAGUAAAAAACGUUUUAAUAUUACAUAUUUAAAAAAAAAAAGAAAACAAAAAAAAAAAAAAAAAAAUAAUAAAUAUUUCAAUUUANAAAAAAACCAACAAUCAGAAAAAUCAUUCAAGGUAGAAAAAAAAAUAUUGCAUGAUGAUUCUUAUUAUAAUGAAAAUAAAGAUAAUAUAAAUUUAAUAAAAUAUAAUAAUAAUAAUAAUAUUAAAGAAGACCAAAUUUUCAAAAAUAAAAAUGUAACAGUUAAAAAUAAUAAUAGUAAUAGUAAUAAUAAUAGUAAUUGUAGUAGUUUUAAUAAAAAAAAUAUUAAAUUAAAUAAUGUAUCCAUUAAAAAAGAUGAUAAAAAAAAAUCUACAUCAAAAUAUAAAAACUUAAAUUCCAAAAAACAUAUUAAUAGAUUUUUUAAUGACAAUUACACAUUUAGAAAAAAAACUAAAAGAAAAAAUAAUAAAAAAUAUUUAUAUGUAAAUAAAAAGAAUGAAGACACAGAAACAAGUGAUUAUUAUAUAGAACAAAAUGGAAACGACAAACAUAUGGAAGACAAAUAUCAUAACAAUAUUUCUUUUAAUAAUGAGAAAAGAAAAAGUAGUGUAGACAUGAAAAAGACAGAAGGUUAUAAUGAUCUUUUUAGUGUUAAAUAUAAAAAAAGUAUUAAUGAAAAUUAUAAAAGUGAUGAAUAUAAAGAAAAUAGUUUCGAAGAUUCAAGCACUUAUAAUGAUUCAUUUCUAAGUAGUUCUUCUUCUUCUUCUUCUUCUUCUAAUGAUGAUGAUAAUAAUAAUAAUAAGAAGAACCAAAUGUUUCUUAAUAGAUAUUAUGAUAAUAAAGAUGAUAAGAAAAAAUAUAGAGAAUAUAAUUUAAUAUAUAAUAAAGAAAUGAAAGCUAAAAAUAAUGUAAAAAAACCAAAGAAAAAAAAAAUGAAAAGAAAACUUAGUGAUUUUAUAUUUACAAAGAUUAAAAAAAAUCAAAAGAAAUUUAAAGGACUUAGUAGAAUUUAUCCAAUGUUUUUAAAAAGUAAUAGAAGUGAUGAAUUUAAUGUUCUUAUAAGAAAUUAUUUAUCAGACAAAGAAGAUACAUCUAGUAUAAGAAACGAAUAUAAUAUUGUAAAUGAUAAUGAAACUAUUAAUGAUAAUUUAAAAACAAAUCCUUAUAAUAUUUGUCAUAAUAAUGAUCAUACAUUUAAUAAAAAAAAUAUAUUUGAAGAAAAAAAAAUACCUAUAAAAUUUAUAACAAAUUUAAAUUUAAUGUUACGUGGAAUUAAAAUUAGUUUAUUUGAACAUACAUGUGAUUAUGUUAUAUCUUUUGAAAUAAAUGAAUUAUUAGUUAGAAAGGAAUAUAUGGAAUAUAUAGAUUAUUAUAAUGUAGAUAUAAAAAUAAAUAAUAUUUUGUGUUAUGCUGUUUAUAAAUAUUUAAGUGCAUGUGCUGUGUUAUAUACAAAUAAUGAUACAAACAUAAAAAACAAUCACUUACGCAUUUUAAUGAAUGAGUUGAAAAUUAAAAGGAAUCUAUUUUUAGAAAAAAAAAGAAAAAAAGAAAAUAAAAAGGAAUAUUAUUAUGAUGGUAGUGGAAGAAGUGUUCAUGUUAAUAAUGAUGAGUAUAAUUACGAUGCUAAAGAAAUAUAUUCUUCAGGUUCAUCAGGAACAAAUUAUGUAAAUAAAAAGAGGACUUAUAAAAAUAAAAAUAAUUAUAAGAGAAAAAACAAAAAACAAGAAAGAAAAAUCUAUGAAAAUAAGAAAGGCAAAAAAAAAAGACAAAAAGUAGAAAAAAACAAAAAAAAAAAUAUUUUUAUAAACAAUGAAUUUCUUAUAUGUAAUUUUCAAUAUGUAAGAAAAUGUGAGACAUUAUUUUUUAAAUAUUUCUUAUUAAGUUUAAAACCUAUUGUUAUUAAUGCAGAUAUUAAUUCAAUAACUAUAUUGUUUUAUUUUUAUAAAACAUUUCAUAAUUUUAAUACAAAAAAACAUGCACACGAUCAAGGAGUAGAAAAUGGAUUCAACACAUGUAAUUAUGAAAAGGCACAAGUGAGAGAAAUAAGUAUGAUGAGAGAAGAAGAAGAAAAAAUAAAACACCAACAAGAAAAUGAAGAAGAAAAUGAAGAAGAACAAGAAGGACGACAAAAAAUAUAUACACAACACCAACGAGGUGUAAUACAACAAAAACAUAAACAAGAGAUGGAAGAGCCAUUAAAAGAUAAUUAUUAUUCAUCUAUAAAUAUUAUAAAAAAUACUGAUAAUAUUAAAAGAUGUGAUAUAGAAAAGAAUGAGAGUUUCUUAUUAAAUGUAGAUGAGAAAAGAAAAAAAAUACAAAAUGAACGUGAUAAUAAUAUUAUUGAUAAUAAUAUUUUAAGUGGAAUGAAUAAUAUGGAAUCUUUUAUGAUAGAUGAAGAAAAAAAAAAAAAAAAAGAUUUAUAUUUAAAUAUAAAUAAUAAUAUAUAUAAUGUAGAAGGAGAAUAUUAUAAUAUAAAAAAAAAGAGUACUAUAAAUUAUUAUAAUAAUAUAAUUCAGAAUGAAAGAUCUGUUCAAAUAAAAAAAAAAAAAACAACUGUUAUUGAAAAAAAUGAUAUUAAUAAUAAAUAUGUAUAUUUACAAUAUAUAAGUAUAGAUAAAAUAAAUAUUUUAUUAAAUUUCCAAUCAGAAUAUAAAAAAGAAUUAACAAAUCAUGUUAAUGAUUUAUUUUAUAAAGAACAUAUAAGUGCAUAUAAUAAAUUAGGAGAUAUAUCUAAUUGUAAUAUAUAUUUAAAAAGCUUAUCAAAUAUACAUAUAUUUACAAAUUAUAGUUUAUUAAUAAAUUUUCUACAAAAUUUUUAUUAUAAUCAAACUAUAGUUAAUAUAUCAAACUUAUUAAUUUCUUUUAAUAUUAUUGGAAGUCCAACAUCUUUAAUAGCACAUGUCAAAAAUGCCUUCAAUGAAUUUUUUUAUAUAAUUAAUGAGGACACACUAUCUAAAAAGAAUAGAUAUGAUGAUGAAAAAGACACUAAUGAAUAUUCAACAAAAUAUAGCAACAAAAACAACAAUAAUAAUAAUAUUAAUAGUAUCUAUGGUAGUCAUCAUAAUAAUUAUUUAUAUUGUAAUGAUUAUUAUAAUAACAAUUACAUGUAUCAUAAUACUACCCUUAAUUAUCAUUAUUAUCAACAAGGUUAUGAUAAAGCCAAAUUCAAUCCGACAUAUAAUAAUAAUUAUAAUAAUCACCAAUUAAGAAAACAUAUUAAAGAAAGAAAAAAUAAAAUACAACAAAUUAACUAUACAAACAAAAAACAAGAGAAAAAUAAUUUCUUAAAUUUAAUAGAUCCAUCUAGAGAAAGCUCAUUUAUAGAUGAAAAGGAAGAUUUUUUAAGUAAUGAUGAUAAAUAUAUUAUGCAUCUAUUAAAUGAUUAUAAUUCGUCUUAUCAAAAUAAUUUAUUAAGUGAUGAAGAAUCAGUUGUUAAAAAGAAUUUUAGUUGGAACUUUUUUAAAAAACAACACACAAAUAAUAAUAAUUCAGAUUAUGAUAAUUAUUUUAAUGAUUCUUAUAAUAAUAUUAAACAUGAUAGUUCAGGCAAUCUAAAUUAUAUGUACACAAAGAGUAUUAAAAAUAAAGACCUACAUAAACUAGUAAUUGAUGAUAAUAACUCCUCUAUCAAUUCCUUCCUUUUUAAUAAUAAAAAAAAUGUUAUCAUAUUAGAUGAAGUCUCCAAAAAAAAGAAAAAGAAAUUACAAUACAUGAAAAAAUUGGGCGAAUCACAAAAGGGGGAUAUAUAUAUGGAUGACGACACGUAUAUAGAUGUUGAUGUAGAUGUAGAUGCAGAUAUAGAUCCUGGUAUACAUGCAGAUGUUGAUGUAAAUUCUUGUGGCGAAGGAAAAAAUGAUACAAAGGAUAUAUGCACAUAUCCAGAACAUUUUAAAAAAGCAUAUGAUGAAGAGAAAAAAAGAAAAAAGAAAAAGACAACAAGUGCUUAUAAUACUAAAUACAAAAAUGAUGCAAAAAUAACAGAUAUGAAUCCAAAGAAAAAAAACAAGAAAAAAAAUAAAAUAGUAAAAAAUAAUAAAAAAAAAAAUAAAAAAAUAAAAAAAAUAAAAAAUAAAAGAAAUAAUAAAAGAGGAGGUGUUUGUAAUAAAAUAUUUAGAUUUUUUAAAAGAAUAGGAUUAAAUAUUAUUUAUAUUUUUUCAAAAGCAAAGAGAAUAUGUAUUGGUGUAUAUGUAUUAUUUAUACAAUUAAUAUUAUCCCUAUUAUUUUCUAUUACUUUAAUAUUACAAUCAUUAAUAAAUCUAGUAGAAAAAGUAAAUAUAAAUAAUGCAGAUAAUGUGUUUUUAAUAUUUAAUAAAAAAUAUGAAAGAAAAAAAGUAGUGGUAUUUAAUAAUAUAGAGGAAUAUAAUAAAUUUAAUAUUACUAAAUUAUUUUAUUAUUAUAUAAGUAUAUAUAUGAAUAUAGUCAAUUUCUUAUAUUAUAAUAUGUUAUAUAAAAUGAAGAAGAAAAAAAAAGAUUUAUCAGGAGAAGAUAAAAUUUUUAUGAAGAAAUUAAAAAUCAAUUUAAAAAAUAAAAGAAAAUUUUCUUUUUUUAUUAAUUUCUUUUUGAAUAUAUUUAAUAUUAUUAAUAUAUUAUUAUUUGGACAUAUAGUUUUCUUACUCUUAUGUUUAUUAACAAUGAAUAAUAUUUUGCAAAAAAUACUUACAGCAUGUAUUAAAUUAGUUUAUUAUCAAAGAAAUAAAAAUUAUCUAGAUUUUCUUAAUAAAAAUAAUUUUAAUCAUAUGAAUAUUAUAAGCUAUAUUAAAAUUAAUCAAAUUAUAAGUAAAUAUGUACUAUUAAAAGAACCAUUCAAAUAUUUCUUAUCUCAUCAAGAUUUCUUAGAUAUUAAAGCACCUAAAAAAAGAAAUUAUUUUGUAUACACCAAAGAACUUUUCUUUUAUAUACAAGAAAAUAAAAUUGUAUUCUUAUUUAGAAAAAACGAUAUGAAAAAAAUUGACAUUAUUAUACAUACUAUAAAUAAUAGUUUUGCAAUAAAUAGUUACUAUAAGAAAAAGGGUAGUAAGACAGCCAAAAAAAGUAGAUCAAAAAAUACACCAUCAAAUUAUACUCUUAAUAUAGAACAUGUGACGGGGGAAGAAAAUAACAGCUUUGCUUCAUCCUUAUAUAACAAAACGAACGUAUCAAAUGACAUAUCGGAGGACAAAAAUGUCAUAUGUUUUUUAAAUCAAGAAUUAGCUUUGACAAAAAGAAACGAAGUUAUACAUAUAAAUAAUAAAAAUCAUGAUUAUAUCAUAUCCAUAAAAAUAACAAUCAAAAAUAAUAUGAAUGUUAUGGAGAAUAUUUAUUAUAACCCCAAAAAAUUUUUUAAGUGCUUGUCAAAAAUACAAAAAAGCUUCAAUAAUAUUUAUUUACCUUUGUCUAAAAUUAAUAAUAAUGAAACGAAAAAUAAUAAAGAAAAACAUUUAAAUAACAAAGGUGUAGAUUUAUAUAAAGCAGAUAUAAAUGUAAAAAAAAGAAAAACGUUUUUUUCAGCAAUUAUUUGUUUCUUUAAAAGCAUUUUCAUAUUUUUGUUCUUUUGUCUUUGCCCAUGGAAAUUGUUAAGGUUAAAAAAGAAAAAAUUAAAUGAAAAUAAAAAAAAACAGAUGGACGAAAAAGAUAAAGAAAAUGCAAUCCAUAAAAAUGUACAACUAAAAAAUAAAAAGGAAAAGACAACACCCAACACUAUUAUUUUUAAAUUAAACUUUGAAGAUUUUCAAUCAACUUUAAAUAUAUUCGAAUGUUUGUGUAGGAUUAUGAAUAAUAAUUAA